ACAGCAGCACAUCCUUUUGUUCCGGUCGCGCAUUGUUUGGCGGAGCUCGGUCCAGUCGCCGCCAUGAUCAGCUGUGGAGUGGUCCUUUUGCUGGCCAGCGCUGCUGUCGGCUUGGUCAUAGUGGAAGAAGAAGAUCCUAGAAGAUGGGUGUCAGCUGCAUACUACACUCCUUCACAUUCAGCAAACAGCGGCUCCUGUCCGAUGGACCUAGGAAGUGGAAAGAGUCAUCCAAAAUGUGUUCCACUGUCAUCGUGUCAGUUGAUUAGUGAUCUGAUGGACAGAAGUUGUCUUGCACCUGGAAAGCUGUCAGAGCUGGUGUGUGGCUACCGAGGGACAGAGCCUUUGGUUUGCUGCCCGGCGGCAGGGCUGGACACAGGACUGCCACCAUCACCGACACAGCCUCCUCAGGACUCACCAGUGGUCACCAAACCGACUGGCUUCAAUGGCAAGUGUGGCCAGCCCAUUGUCAGAAGCUCACCAGGUGGACUUGGGUCUCAGCCGUGGGUCGCCAGGGUCGGAUUUGUUAAUGUGCAGACAGGAGGCCAAAUUUACCCAUGCAGUGGUUCAAUCAUCUCUCCUAACACAAUUCUCACAGCAGCUCAUUGUGCUCUUGCCCAGCGGGAGGGCUUCAAGCUUGCUACUGUCCGUGUUGGUGAAUAUGACAGUAGGGGUGAUCCUGACUGCACCCCUCAGAUGUGUGCUUUCCCUGUUCAAGAUAUCCCCAUCAACCAUGUUGUGGUGCAUCCUGGAUUUCAAAGGAUCAAUUACAAGCAUGAUAUUGCUCUGCUUGUGCUAAAAUCUUCUAUGAAUUACUCAUUAGCUGCACAACCAAUAUGCAUCCUUCAAAAUGGAGACGUACCUCUACAAGGAAGAAGAGGUCGACUCAUUGGUUGGGGCAAACUUCCUGGGCAAACUGGGACACCAGCGAGGCAGCAGCAGUUGGAGCUGCCCAUUGUAGCACUGGACCAGUGCCGGCAGAUCUACAGUUCCAAGCUGCCUGUCACCAAUGACCAGCUGUGUGUGGGGGGAGAGCAGGGGCGCGACGCCUGCUCCGGCUUCGGAGGUGCACCGCUCGUGCUGUUGGAUGGUGCGACGAGAAUGCGAUACUAUCAGGUUGGGAUGGCAUCAUUUGGCUCAAACAAAUGUGGGGCCGCAAACAUUCCAAGUGUAUACACAAACAUACAGAAAUAUGCUGAUUGGAUUAAAAACAAUAUGUAACUUUAUGGAUGUCAUACACAUUUGAUAAAGAUGGUGAUUAUAAGAACUGAAAUAAAAUAUACCAAUAUAAA